AUGGGGAAGAGCCCGCAGCAACAGCUCCAAGUCGCCAUCAUCGGCGCCGGCAUUGCAGGCCUCACGGCGGCGAUCGCGCUGAAGGACCACCCGGGCAUCAAUGUCCGGAUUUACGACAAGGCAAAGGAGCUACGAGAAGUCGGCGCGUCGAUUGCGCUCGGACCGAACGGUCUCCGGACGUUGGAGAAACUGGGAAUUCACAAUGCGCUCGACGAUUCCAUCGCGUUCCGCAACAAGUCGGGGUAUCCCAUGAUCUAUCGGCAUGCCGUCACAGGCGAGAUGGUCUCGGUUGACGAGCAUCGUGGCGACGUGGACGCGCGCCACAAGACGGCGCGCUUCUAUCGGCCGCAUCUGCAGCAGGCCCUCCUCGAGCACGUCGACGCCAGCCAGAUCCACCUCGGCAAGGCCUUUGAGACCAUCAGCAACGACGAAACGACGGGAAGGCUGAAGAUCGGCUUCACGGACGGCACCGGCAUCACGGCGGACUUGCUCCUCGGCGCGGACGGCAUCCACUCGGGGGUACGGAGCUUCUACGUGCCGUCGUCCCGGUCCAAGUGGACGGGCUGGACGGCGUUCCGGGCGGUGUACCCCGUCUCGCACGUGGCGCACAUCCCCGACCUGCCGGAGGAAGCGGAGCACUGGUGGGGGACGGAUCGGACGUGGUUCAUGUCGAAGCUGGGCAAGGGCCUCUUCUGCAUCGUCGCCUCGCACCAGAGCGACCCGGACGCGGCGGACGCGCCGUACAAGGAGACGGUGUGGAACACGGACGGCGACGUCGGGCUGAUCAAGGAGCACUACAAGGGCUGGCACCGGCUGGUGCGCGACAUCAUCGACGCGACGCCGGCGGACUCUGUGAAGGUGUACCCGAACGCGUCAGCGCACGGGCUGGAGAGCUGGGUGAUGGGCGGAGGGCGGGUAACAUUCGCGGGCGACGCGGCGCAUGCGCACGGCGGAGCGUUCGCGGCGGGCGGCAGCCUGGCCAUCGACGACGCGUGGGCGUUUGCCUCGGCGGUCCGGCACGUCUACCCGGCGUCGGCGACGGAGGUGCCGGCGGCGGGGGAGAUUGCGAGGGCGCUUAGGCUGUACCAGAAGACGAGGAAGGCGCACACGGACCGGGUGCUGGAGACGGUGCACUCGACCAACAGGAGCAAGGUGGCGAGGCUGGGCGUGGACGAGACGGACGAGGGCCUGCGGGCGAGGAUGAAGAACCGCGUCGAGCCGGUCUGGAUCCACGAGCACGACGUCGAGGCGGUCUUCAGGCAGGUCCUGGCAGACGAGGCCGACGCGAACGAGGGGUCCAGAAAGGUGGCGGCGGCAGCACAGGUGGCGGAGGUGCAGAUAGAGAGCCGUCUUUGA